UUCAAAACUUUAAUAUUAAAAAAACUGAAAUUAUGCUGCUGAGAAACUAACACAAGAGUAACUUGUCUAAGUAAAUCACCUGUAGGUUAGUCAUUCCUCAAUUUGACCUCAAUACGCGGGAAAAGCACGCGCUAAUCUUCGGAUGUUCUUGUGUAAUACCGAAGGGCAAAAAGGCAAAAAAGUAGAAAUCAAGGUCUAAGCGAUUAACGUGAUUAUCUUCAUCUCGUGUGUCUCUCUGGUAAAUUGUCUUCACAGAAGAUUUCUUCCAGUGAAAUCAUUACAAAAAAUUAAAAUAGAGGGAAGAGAAUGUGUAUUAGAAUUUUUUUGUCAUUUAUUGAAUACAAAAUAUUCCAGUUACUUAACUUUUGUAAGAGGCCAAAAUAAGUAAGCGUUGAUUAUAUCGAUUAUAAUUUUAUUGUAUAACUUCUAGCAUUGAUAAAAAGGUGCUGUUGAGAUAAGAAGAAAACAUCAAUAACACGCACUUGAAAGUAUUUAUCAUAUUUUAACAUCGUUUCAAAAGUACUUUUGGGGAAAUUUUUUAAUCAUAUCAUGUGUCUUUUUUGUGUUCGCCUUCAAGAUAAGAAAAGAGCACAUUCUGCGAGACAGUUGCGAGAUUACUUCAAAAGAGUAAAAUAAAUAGGGAGGCAGUGAUUUUGAGCGCUUUCAUUGUUUAAAUUUUAAAUAUCAACAAUGAUGACUGCUGAAAAAUACGGACCCAUUUUAACUCUAAUAUUUCUUCCAUUUCUAUUGCAUGGUGCUUCAUCAAAGAACAUCGGAAUUGAGUCCAGAAUUGUCGGCGGAGAAAAUGUGGCUCUUCAAGGCGAAUAUCCCUAUAUGGUGGCACUUUUAUUCAAAAAUCGGACAAUGUGCGGAGGAACCAUCCUGAAUGAAAAUUAUAUACUAACCGCCGCGCACUGCAUUCAUAACUUGGAUUUGCAAUACUAUGAAGUCCUCUCUGGCUCCAAUCUUCUGUCAGAGGCUAACAUCCACGUGGUCACAGAAGCUAAAGAGCACGAAGAAUUCAUUUUCCAGCAAAAUCUACCAAACGAUGUAGGACUCAUGAAGGUGAACCCACCAUUUGUGUUUGGGGAGUUCGUCCAGCCUGUGACCCUGAUUGACCAGGGGUUGGAAAUCAACGACACCACUGCUUCUGGGGUUGCCUUGGGCUGGGGAAUGAUUUAUAGCGGCAGUGACUAUCCAAAUGAACUCAUGAAAGUGGAACUGGACGUGUUCUCUGACGAGGAGUGCCUGAACGCGUAUUUUUACGGCCCGACCGAGCGAUCGAUUUGCGCCGGCAUGUCCAUCGGCUCAGACAGCCAAUUGGGGAUUUGCGGGGGAGACGCGGGCGGACCUUUGAUUGUCGACGGAAUUCAAGUGGGAAUCAUUAGCUGGGCUCGUGUGCCUUGCGGAGAGCCAGGAUUCCCUGCUGUCUUCGCGCAAGUCUCGUACUAUACAGAUUGGAUCAAGGCUAACUCUGGGCUUGUUUAAAAUUAAAACCAUCGUGUUUUCUUUGAUAAAUAAAAACAGAUUUAUUAAAUUA